GGGGGGGGGAAGGAAAUAAUUGAGAAAGUGUCCUCUGCUACUGCUUAUCGCCCUCUGCUAAAGUUUCAAGCUUUUCCCCCCCAUCUCUCUCGCUCGCUCCCCUGUUUCCUUCUCCUUCGCUGUUCGUUAUCCGUCGUAUUUUAUUUAUUCAUUUCUCAUUCUCCAUUUUGGCCUGACCGUUACGGAGACCAAAACAAACCGCGUAUUCCUUCCUUGUUCCUUUCUCCCUCGUCGUCUUCUUUUCCCCUCGGCAGCCAGAGAGAAACAGAAUAGACUCUGCCACACAGAUUAUCGUUACAGAGACCUGACAAAAAAGAUUAAUAAUAAUUAUUAUUAUUAUGGCGUCGGUCUAUCCGGCGGGUGUCGUGUUAGUCGCAGCCGUGCUGAUUCAGUCAGCGCUGACGGUGGUCGGAGUUACGGGCGGCGGCGGUGUUGGGUAUUUCCCUGCGGCGUUGAUGCUGGAGCGGGGAAUUCCGCAGCCGGGUCGUAGAGUGGGUCUGGGUCAGCUGAGUGCGCGAGACAGUGUCCGACAUCGGAGAAUGUUGCAGUCCACCUCCGGCGGUGUCGUGGAUUUCCCUGUUCAGGGGACAUUCGAUCCUUUCCUCGUCGGGCUGUACUAUACAAGAUUACAAAUAGGUUCUCCACCGAAGGACUUCUAUGUACAGAUAGAUACAGGCAGUGAUGUUCUGUGGGUGAGCUGUAACAAUUGCGAUGGUUGUCCUGUUUCAAGUGGCCUUCAGAUUCCCAUGAAUUUCUAUGACUCCGAUAGCUCAUCAACCGCUUCGUUGAUAUCUUGCACGGACGAAAGAUGUGUUGUGGGACUGGAAGCUGCAGAUUCCGGGUGCUUAGAGAACAAGAAUCAAUGUGGUUAUACUUUCCAAUAUGGCGAUGGUAGUGGCACAUCGGGGUAUUAUGUAGCUGACAUGUUGCAUCUUGAUACGAUUGCUGGGGGAUCUGUGACUACUAAUUCAACUGUUCCUAUUGUGUUCGGGUGUAGCAUCUUGCAAACUGGGGACUUGAAGAAGCCAGAUAGAGCAGUUGAUGGGAUCUUUGGUUUCGGACAGCAAGGGAUGUCUGUGAUCUCCCAACUUGCUUCACAAGGAGUAUCGCCAAGAGUGUUCUCCCACUGUUUGAAAGGCGACGAUGCGGGUGGUGGUAUAUUGGUUCUUGGAGAAAUUGUGGAGCCAAAUAUUGUCUAUACUCCACUUGUUGCAUCGCAGCCUCACUAUAAUGUGAAUCUGCAGAGCAUAUCGGUGGGCGGCCAAACUUUGGCCAUCGAUCCAUCGGUUUUUGGCACAUCAGAUAACAAAGGAACCAUAGUUGACUCGGGAACAACCUUGGCGUACCUUGCAGAUGCAGCUUAUGAUCCUUUUAUUAACGCAAUAAAUAGUGUGGUUUCACAAACCGUGCAGCCGAUUGUUUCAAAGGGGCAAAUAUGUUACUUGAUGACCGCAAGUGUUAACGACAUCUUUCCUCAAGUUAGCUUACACUUCUCUGGUGGUGCAUCCAUGCUUUUCAAUCCUCAAGACUACCUUGUGCAACAAAAUUCCGUUAAUGGUGCUUCAGUGUGGUGCAUGGGUUUCCAGAAACUGCAUGGUCAAUCAAUAACAAUAUUAGGAGAUAUCAUUCUGAAAGACAAAAUCUUCGUUUACGACCUAGCUAAUCAACGGAUCGGAUGGGCUAAUUAUGACUGUUCAACAUCGGUCAAUGUUUCAACGAUUGAAAACACUGGCAGAACAGAAUUCGUGGACCCAGGGCAGCUGGGCAGCAACGGUUCACAGCAAAAUGCACAUCUAAACAGACUGAUACUACAAACUGCUGUGAUCAGUUUCCUACUUCAUCUGCUUUCGCUUAGAAGCUGCCUGUUCUUGUAGCACAUACCUUGCUAACCAGUUAGUAUUCUUUCUUCCACUCUCAUCAUGGCUCAGUCGGUCUAUAUAUUUAGUGUGACCGGCAGCAGUAGGCCCUCACUGAUUGAUUUGUCUUGACAAUGGCUGCAGCUUGACUGCUGGUGUUGAAAACUGGAAAUAUAUGUAUAGGUCUUUUCCUUAGUUUCCCCCAUGUUUAAAGAUCUUGUUUUGUUAUCUAUGUAAAGGUUAUACAUUCAUACGUAUAGAGUAGGUCAGUAGGCCAUGAUUUUGCUACACAUCAGGUGAGUUUGAUGUAUCUUGGUACCAUUCAAUUUGAAACCAUAGCAUUGAUCCAUUCAUAAUUUCACAUUGUUUGGUAAUUUCCGAGCCCCUCACCAAUACGCUUAAAGGUCCACGUUCGUGGAUGAGCCAUUGCGCGACCUGUUCCACUAUUUUGAUCUUUUCAGGGGGAGAUCUUCUGACAACUCCAGUGUUGGCGAACCUUUCGCCUCCUCCUCCUUUCUCGAUAUCCCCAAUGCUCAUAGCUAGCUCAGGAGACCACUGCUGAGGAAGCAUAUACACCUGAGUUGCUUGUAUGAUGUGCUAGGGUUUAGACUCGAGAUAAUGCUACAUGUCUGCUAUACAGUAUCCUGACGUCUAAACCGACACUGCCAUCGAUCGGCAUAUUCAAAACUGUAAUCAAUGACAAUAGUUCCCAACCAAAUGCAGAGUCACUAAGAACUCAAUUUCAAUCUUGGUGUAGUAAUACAGCCUUGAAUAACAAAGAACGGGAACAAGGCAAGGAAAUGCCAGAGUAAUGAAAUAUGCUCUGAUGGCUAUAUUUACCCCAAUGAGUAAAGGAUUGAAAAAAGGUCCCCCUUUUUUGACA